CAACCGUUGAUAACAAUAUAAUACCUUACUUCGGUAAUCUGAUAAAAAAUCGAUACUCCGCUUUAUGGCUUUACAUUUGUAUAAAAACAGUGUAUUCUUACACCAAAAAUUAUAGUUUUCACUGAUCUUUGUGAAAGCAAGCCAAAAAAAUGAAAUCCUUCGUUGCCCUGUUCGCCUUGCUGGCCGUGGCCGCCGCCAACCCUCUGCCCUUGGUGCAGCUGAUCAUCAACGUGGACGCUCCCGCCACCCCCGGCGCCGUCGUCCCUCCCAAGCCCGAGAUCAUCCCCACCCCCGUCAACGUCGUCGAUGAGGCUGAGAACGUCGUCAUCCCUGAGCCCGUGGUUCUUCCCGACCCCGUCCUCCCCGAGGUUGUGAUCCCCGACCCCGUUGUUCUCCCCGACCCCGUCCUCCCCGAAGUUGUGAUCCCCGACCCCGUUGUUCUCCCCGACCCCGUCCUCCCUGAGGUCGUCAUCCCCGACCCCGUCGUCCUUCCCGACCCCGCCCUCCCCGAAGUUGAGGUCGGCCCCGCUGUUGUCCUCCCUGAGGAACUCAACUAAACGCGAAAAAGCAAGACAACGUCUGCUGAGCUCCAACUAUGAAGACUCAAACUGAAGUGACUAUUAUUGAGAAACCUUCGACCAACGAUUCGGAACACUGAUGGACAAGCUAACUUCUAUGAAUGUACGGCAGAUGUGAUGCGGUUUUUGUAUUAAAGAGCAAUUGUUUUCAC